AAUCGCGACACGGAGGCUAUAAAACCCUCCAAAUUGCGCGCUUGCUCGCUCUGCAACACUCUCGUUCAGCCAUCGCUGCCAUGGAUUACCUCAAGACCGUCGUUCCUUCGCAGCUCAUCGCCGAGCGGGGCUCCAAUCUAGUCGUCAUCAAUCCAGGCUCGUCAAAUGUUAGAAUAGGCUUUGCUCAUCAACAAGUACCCUUUAACAUUCCUCACUGCAUUGCUCGGCAUGUGAAGGAACAGAAUGAGGGGCCAAAGAAAACUGUGCAGGAUCAGCUGCUUAACUCUGAAGCAAUACCAGCACAACAAUUGGAGCGUGAGAAGGCUUAUGACAUCAUUGCAUCUUUACUAAAGAUUCCAUUUCUUGAUGAAGAAGCUGCACAUAAUUCAUAUCCGCUUAAGAUGGGUAGGGUUGAUGCUUAUCCUCCACAUCAAGGUAAAAGCGAUACUACUUUCACUUGGACAGAUGUUAGGGAGAAAACACCCAGCUCAACUUUGGCUGCAGUUGGUGAUUCUGCUGAAAAGUUGGAGAACAAGGGUGCUGAAGAGGAAUCCUUGGUCUGUAAAACUGAUAAUGUUAGGGAGGCCAGUUCUGAGGAGUACACAUUCAAGGAAUUUGUAUGUGGAGAGGAAGCGCUGAGGAUUUCCUCUUCUGAGCCAUACUGUUUAAGCCGUCCUAUUAGGCGAGGCCACUUUAAUGUUUCUGAACAUUAUCCUCUACAGCAGGUUUUUGAAGAUUUAUAUACUAUCUGGAGCUGGCUAUUGAUUGAAAAGUUGCAUAUUCCUCCAGCAGAUAGAAAUCUAUAUUCUGCUAUCCUUGUUGUGCCUGAAACAUUUGAUAAUCGCGAAAUCAAAGAAAUGCUUUCUAUUGUGCUGCGGGAUUUAAGAUUUAGCUCGGCAGUGGUACAUCAGGAAGGACUUGCUGCAGCCUUUGGGAAUGGACUAUCCACAGCAUGCGUUGUAAACAUGGGUGCUCAAGUGACAUCUGUAAUUUGUAUUGAGGAUGGAGUAGCUUUACCUUCUACAUGUGUGACAUUGCCUUAUGGUGGGGAGGAUAUCUCAAGAUGCCUCCUGUGGGUUCAACGUCACCAUCAGACAUGGCCACCGAUUCAUACUAAUCCUUUGGUGAAGCCUAUUGACAUGUUAAUGCUUAACAAAAUAAAAGAGUCAUACUGUCAGAUUAGAGAGGGAGAAUUUGAUGCUGUGGCUGCUGUUCAUUCAUAUGAGGAAGACAGACCUGUUGGCUCACACAAGACUAGGUUAUCAGCUCUCAACGUUCCUCCUAUGGGUCUUUUCUAUCCAACCCUUUUUGUUCCAGAGGAGUACCCACCACCUCCCCGCUCAUGGUUCCAUGACUAUGAGGAUAUGCUGGAAGAUUCUUUGGAGUUCCCUAGAAGGCCUGACAUGUCAGAUGGCCUUUAUCUGGGUGUUAAUGGUGGACUAAACAUGUGGGACAGUUAUCCAGUAUUUCCUACUAGACUCAAGAAAGAUGAAAAACUUGGUCUUGCGGAGGCAAUUACCAGUAGUAUUCUUUCGACAGGGCGCUUAGACCUUCAAAGGAAGUUGUUUUGUAGCAUACAGCUGAUAGGUGGAGUAGCUAUGACUUCUGGUCUUGUUGCGGCAGUGGAAGAGAGGGUUUUGCAUGCUAUUCCUUCAAAUGAAGCCAUUGAUACUGUAGAGGUAUUGCAAUCUAGAAGUGACCCAUUGUUUGUGUCAUGGAAAGGGGGAGCGAUUCUUGCCAUCCUUGAUUUUGCCCGUGACGCUUGGAUUCACAGAGAGGACUGGAUACGAAAUGGAAUUCACGUAGGAAGUGGGAGAAAAUACAAGGAUUCCUAUUUUCUGCAGGCGCAAGCAAUGUGUUAUAUUAAUUCUUAACAGAAGGCUGGUAGCAGUCGAUGCAUUUAAUGUCACGAUGCAAAUUGCUGUAAUGUUUUGAAGUCGUGCUUUCACCAAGAAUGAAGCAAAUUUGUUCUAUUCUACUCGCCAAGCUUUUGUCACUCUUACCAUUGAAUUUCUGUCAUUUUCAUAAAUAUAUGUAGCCUCUUUUUACCUUGACUAA